AAAGCUCUUCAAAAUAUUUUUGCAUCACUGAUAUUUUUUUACUGUUUGUGUUUUGUUUUCUUCAUUUUAACCUGUUGGUGUUUAUUCAAAAUCUAAAGUGAAUUUGAUUUAAUUUGAUUAAUAGAAAGAACAAUUAAAUUAAUCAACUAAACAAUCAAAAGAACAAUAAUAAUAAUAAAGAAAAGAAGGAAAUUUGGAUUGAGAAAAUUCAUCACUCAAAUCGAGUCUUGCAUCGUCAUUGAUAUACAACUGUUUCUUUCUUUCUCUCUCUCUUUCUCUUUUUUUCUCUCUCUCCCUUUUCUGUAUCUUCAUCUAUUCUCUCUCUCUCUCCCUCUCUCUUUAUUUUACAUUCUCUCCUUUGUUUAGCUCUCGCUCCUUCUGUCUCUUUUUCUGUUUUUGUUUUUGUGAUUUAAAUUAAAGGCCAAUCAUCAAAAGUCUAAUCAACCUUCACUGAUGUCAACUCCAGCUAGAAGAAGACUAAUGAGAGAUUUUAAGAGGCUUCAAGAAGAUCCUCCUGCUGGUGUUUCUGGUGCACCCACAGACAAUAACAUAAUGAUCUGGAAUGCUGUUAUAUUCGGGCCUCAUGACACCCCAUUCGAAGAUGGAACCUUCAAGUUAACUCUUGAAUUCACUGAAGAAUAUCCCAAUAAGCCUCCUACCGUUCGCUUUGUGUCCAAAAUGUUUCAUCCAAACGUCUAUGCUGAUGGAAGUAUAUGUUUAGAUAUUCUACAAAAUCGAUGGUCACCCACUUAUGAUGUUUCAGCCAUUCUAACCUCUAUUCAAUCGCUCUUAGACGAACCUAAUCCUAACUCACCAGCAAACUCAUUGGCAGCCCAAUUGUACCAAGAGAAUCGUAGAGAAUAUGAGAAAAGAGUAGCAGCCAUAGUUGAACAAAGUUGGCUUAAUUUCAACGAAGAGGAAGAGUCAAAAAAGGCUAAUCCAUCGCCCUCAACACCUGGUAAUUCAUAGGCAUAAAUCACAAGUAAAAGGCAAAGGAAAAAGAAACAGAAAAUAAACUUCUCGACUCAUUAAAACUGAA